CCUUUUUCAAAAAAAGCGCGAGUUACAUAACCUCAAUCGGUGACGUAACCUCAAAGUUUUUGUUUGUGUUUUUUGCGAAAAUGCCUGAAAGACUGUCGUUAGAGUACGAAAACUUGUCUCGGAAAUGGUCAGAGGUGGCCCCCGACUACCAUAAGCAAUACUUUAAUAUCUAUUUGGCGCGGCUUAAAGAAAUGACUGCGUUACUCGAAGUCAAUAUUGCGAAAAAAUGGGGUACGCAGUACCCCAUUUGUAAAUUACACAAACUAUCCGAAGAGAACCACCCGAAAUGUGUUGUCAUUGGGACAUUGUUUAAAAAUCAGAAAUUAAAACCGUCGAUUUUGAAACAAUUGGCUGAGGAGGACCAGUUGGUGCCCCAGCCCAUUGUGACCCAUUUUACGGACAAGUCCGACGAGCUUUUCAUCGAGGACGAGUUGCAGAGAUAUCUGAUCAUAAGUUGCAUUCCUUGCGAUUAUCUCGUCACGGGCAUUUCAUGCGCUCUCUUGGGGACCGCCGACGACAAGGGCCGUUUUAUAGUCGAAGACUACACUUUCGCCGACUUCCGGCCCCAAAUCCCGCGCCCCCUUUUGGACGACUCGGCCUUUGUUAUUUUCCUAAGCGGUCUAGAUUUAGUAAACAGCCCCCAGUGCGAUUUAAACCUCCAACUUUUCACAUUCUGGCUGUCGGGUCUUUGUGACGUGGCCCCUUUUCGAGCCUCCAAAAUCACCCGUGUUAUUAUCGCCGGUAAUUCCAUUCGUAACACCCCUGAACAAGUCAAACCUUCAAUUUCGAUGUUAUCACGUCGGCCUGAAUCUUCCGAUUCUAUUGAUGCAGUUAAACUUCUCGACAAAUUUUUACUCCAAUUGGGGCAAGUCAUUGACGUCGAUGUGAUGCCGGGGGAGAACGACCCCUCCAAUCGCAUCCUCCCCCAAAAACCCAUGCAUCGCUGCAUGUUCCCCCAAUCGGGGGUUUACAAGUCGGUAAAUCAGGUCUCUAAUCCGUAUUUUUACUCGCUUGGGGGUGUGCGUAUUUUGGGGACGUCGGGACAGCCAGUGAGGGAUGUGAUGAGGUAUUGCGAGAUUACGGACCCUUUGGAGGUUUUGGAGAAUUGUCUGAAGUGGGGGCAUUUGGCCCCCACGGCCCCCGAUACUUUGGGGUGUUUUCCGUUUUAUGAUAGUGAUCCGUUUAUUAUUGAAGAGUGUCCACAUGUGUUUUUCGCGGGGAAUCAGGAAAAGUUUAGCGCGAGGGAGUGCACAGGGCCUGAUGGACAGAAAGUUACACUGAUUAGUGUGCCAGAGUUUAGUAGGACUUUGCAAGGCUGUAUUUUGAAUUUGAAGACGAUGGAGUGUAAUUCUAUAAGUUUUCAGACGGUGUAAUUUUUUUUGUAUUUAUAAUUCAAAAUAAAGUAUUAUUUUUUAAA